AUGAACAUUGUAAUAUUAAAUUUAGUUAUAUUCCUAUUAUCAUUCUUAGAAAUAGUAGCUAAGUAUUUGCACACAAAUUUAUAUUCACAUAUUUGCAAAAAGGAUGAUGUAUAUUCAGGCUAUCCAUUUUACUUCCUUAAGAAAAAGAAAUAUCUUCUGUAUGAUGUAAAUAUUGGAGAGGGUUUUAAUUUGCAGAAGGAAAUACUAUAUAGGAUGGCCUUAAUAGUUUACUACUUAAAUCAAGGAGAUAGGAAAAAUUUGUACUAUCUUGUUCUGCCCCCCUGGUGUUAUUUAACUCACUGGAAAAGAAAAACUUCUGACCAAAUAAAAUGGAGCUCCUUUUUUAAUAUUACAAUUAUUAAAAAUGUGAUACCUGUGAUAGAAUUUUCAGAUUAUGAAGUAUUAUAUGGUAAUCAUGUUGAUUAUAUUAUUUGUUUCAAGUACUUUGUAGGUGAUUUUGUGUCAAGUGAAGAAGGAAAUACUGCUGUGUCAAGUUCCUCUGAUCCAACUUUUAACAUUUUAAGCUUUGAGAAAUGUUCAUCGGGGGGGUACAAAUAUAAACAGAUUUGCAACAACUGUGAGUAUAACUAUUCUGUAAUAUACUCAGGUAAAUGUACAACGAUGAAGGGAAAAAACACAGAGUGUUAUGGAUUUCCUUUUAUAACUAGCUAUUUCGCUAGCAGUAUUGUUGAUAAUUUAUUCUCUUCUUACAAUGACUCUAUUUUGAUUAAACAAGGGAAUAGCUUACUUGUUCCUUUUGUAAACGAAUUGUUUGAAAAAAAUAUGGAAGAUAUUUUACUAUUUAAUGAAGAUUUAAUAAAUGAGGGGAAUUAUUACAUUAGAGAUAUAUUAGGCACAAAUAAUUAUAUAAGUGCACAUUUAAGAUAUAAUGAUUUUAGAAAAAUAGUUAGAUAUGACUUACCACCUAUUCAUGUAGCAGUUGGUAAAUUGUUAUAUAUUAUGUUCAUAAAUAAUAUUAACAAAAUUUUCAUUUCCUCAGAUGAAAAAAAGCAAAUUGAGAAAGUACUUAAUAAACAGUUUAAUCAAUAUAAAGAUUUUUUUUAUUUCUAUGAUAAUACAUAUUUGCAUGAUGGACAUGUAGCAAUAAUAGAUCAAUGGAUUUGUAUUAAUGCAAAAAUUUUUGUCGGUAAUAUUUUUUCAAGAUUCAGUAUGCACAUUAAAUGGGAAAGACAUCUGAUGAACAAGCGUGAAAAAGGGCUCAACAUAGACUUAUGUGGUUAUAAUAUUAAUAAUGACGAGCAACUAAGAAAAAACUAUAAACAAGUUGAAAAUUUAUAUGACCAGGAAGCCUUACAUAAAUUGAACCAUAUAUUUAUGAACUAUUCAGAAAAAGACAAAAAAUACCUUAACACCGUUUGUUACGAUUAUCCCUCUCAUUUUCCGAGCAACGGAAGCAUUUACAGGAUGAAAUAUAUCCCAUAUAAGUCCUUAUGA